AUGCCGACGGGUAAUGAUCAGUUAGGAGAUCAAAAGCAACCAAAGCAGCAAUUCGAUCGUGAAAUUAGAGAUAUGAUGUCAGUGCUCACUCGUCGUCUUGCUCAUCUUCAAAAGAAACCGACGGAUGGAGGAAGUGGAAGCCACAUCCAUGAGGAAGAGGAGGAUGAUCAUGGAGGUUUUGGUGUCAUAACUAUGGCCGGUAGCAACGAGGGUGCCACCAUGAGAGGCGAAAUGAGCAUGGAGGAUCACAAAUCGGGUACAAAAGACCAUAAUGGACAAACACUUACUCCAUUGACAACUUACCUUAAUGGCAACUUCCAAGGGGUCAACAAUUCUAUCAUGGUUCGAGGAAGUUACUCUGCUAAUGAUCCCGGUAUCCAUUUGGAUUUCGAGGACCAUUAUGUGCAGCGUUUAUCACCUCGUAAACAAGUGAGAAAGGGCAAGAAGAAGACUUCUUUUUCUGGAUCCUCUACAUCAGACCAAUCAACCUAA